GUCCUUUGACCCGUAAACAGUCGAGUCAAGAUGGCAGCGUGCGUGAGAAAAGCCGCUCAUGAUAUAGAUGCGAGAAGCCGGACUGAUGAUGUCCUCUUAUCCGAGGGAAUCGACUUUAAUUCUUUGCUGUUGUCCACCCCAGUACUCGAGGGACUUUCUGCGUCGGGAUUUCAGAAACCAUCACCGAUUCAGCUCAAGGCAAUCCCACUUGGUCGCUGUGGUCUUGAUUUGAUCGUACAAGCGAAAUCAGGCACAGGGAAGACAUGUGUCUUCAGCACCAUUGCACUGGAUUCACUGAUCCUGGAAAAUGUCACCACUCAAGUUUUGGUACUGGCUCCGACCCGGGAGAUAGCUGUUCAGAUCCAUUCAGUGUUGAUGGCCAUCGGCAGUGCCAUGGAAGGUCUGCAGUGUCAUGUCUUUAUAGGCGGCACGGCAGUGAGCCAGGAUAAAAUCAACCUGAAGAAGUGUCACAUUGCAGUGGGCUCCCCAGGCCGUAUCAAGCAGUUGAUAGAGUUGGGGAUGUUGUCUACAGCCAGCAUUAGGCUCUUUGUCCUGGAUGAGGCUGACAAACUGCUGGAGGAGGGCAGUUUCCAGGAACAAAUCAAUUGGAUAUUUUCCUCUCUACCAGCGAACAAACAGAUGCUUGCCCUUUCUGCCACCUACCCAGAAUCCCUUGCACAACACCUGUCCAACUACAUGAGCGAGCCCACUUUUGUUCGACUCAACCCCAAAGACCCUAGUCUUAAAGGUUUGAGGCAGUAUUACAAGCUUGUGAACUCGCAUGCUCAUGCACAUAAGGUCUUUGAGGAGAAAGUCCUGCAUUUGCUUGAGCUCUUCAGCAAAGUACCUUUCAACCAAGCACUUGUUUUCUCCAAUCUACAUUCAAGGGCUCAACACCUGGCAGACAUUUUGUCCUCUAAAGGCCUCCCUGCGGUCUGUAUCUCAGGUGGGCUAACUCAAGACCAGAGGUUGGAGGCCAUGUCCAAACUGAAACAAUAUCAGUGUAGAGUACUCAUCUCUACUGAUCUGACCGCCCGGGGUAUCGAUGCGGAGAAGGUGAACCUGGUUAUAAACCUUGAUAUCCCCAAGGACUGGGAAACGUACAUGCAUCGCAUUGGACGGGCCGGCCGCUAUGGGACUCAGGGGCUGGCGGUGACAUACUGUUGCCAUGGUGAGGAGGAGAACAAGAUGAUGGCUAUUGCUCAAAAGUGCAACCUGAAAUUGUCCAUGCUGCCAUCCCCAAUAGAACCAGGGUUGAUGGAGGAGUCGUGCGACUGGGGCGUCAGCGUGGAGGCCUCCACACUGGGGCCGACAUCCCAACUCUUCCCCAAGCAAGAGAAGAAGAAGAACAGGAAGGCUCCUGACGUUCCUGUCGCCACCGCCGCCGCCUCCUCCAGUGACCAGGAGGCCUCCUCCACGUCCUCGGCUCCACCCAGGGACCCUGGUCCAGGCGAGCGUUGGCCCAAGAAGAGCCGUGCUCCGCCCGAGCCAAGAAGAGAGAAAGUGGAGGAGAGCCGUCCCAAACCGGCGCGUCCCAUCAAGCACGCAGCAGCCCCCCAAGCCAGGCAUACGCCAGCCCCCCAAGCCCCCCAAGGCCCCACUCGUAAGGAGCUCCAAGAGGCCCUCCCUAAGAUCCCGCCCCUCAGCUCCUUCAAGAACCUGAGCCACAGCCUCAUGACCCUGGAGGAGGCGGAGCUAGACUUCCAAGCCUUCAUCUCCGAGGGCCCGGGGAGGUCGGUGGAGGUCAUCAGGCAGUUCAAAGGUCAGAACGACGACGGCCAGCCGAGUAUGCACACCGAGUCACACGUGCUCCACGACGACGAGGACAACGCACUGAAGCGCUCGCUGCAGAGCGGCGGCCGCGCCGCAGCGCCGGCGCCACGCAGGACGCCGCCGCCGCGCAGGACGCCGCCCGUCAAGAUGGAGGUCGACCCCGCCCAUCGGAGGUCUGGCUCUGGGUCUUCAAGCUCGUCCUCGUCCUCCUCAUCCUCCUCGGAUGAUGACGACGAAGGCAUGGAGGAGGAGCGGCCCAAAGCGAAGGCUCCGCCGCGCUCGGGCUCGUCCCAGACCGACGCACGGCAGAGGUCCCAAGCCGAGCCCGGUCCCAAUAAAAGCAAGGCUCAGGUUCCCGCCCUCCCGCCAACAGCGUCCCAUCGGACAAGUCGCACACCACACGGGGGCGCCCUCGAGCGAGAAAAACCCGCACGAGGGGGUCACCCGGUCCCGUGGAGGGAGGAGAGGAGCCGGGCUGACCCGUCCCGAGAGGGCAGGGGGGCGGACGGCGCGGUGGGGAGGAAGGAGCAGAGGGUCUGCGAUAAGAGGAGACGGGAUGACGAGGGAAGGGAGGAGAUCAUGGAAGGGCAGCCGAGAGGGGAAGGUAGUAGUAGUAGUGAAGAAGAGGAGGAAGAGGAGUGGUCGAAUGCCGACGACUGGCGAGCCUAUUACAGAUCCUGGGAGCAGUACUACGAAGCCAUGGCUUGCCAUCCUCAGCCCGGUUACCAUAGCUACUACAGCCAAGCCAACAGCUGGAUGGCAGCAUAUCGCAUGAAUACAGUCUACAUUAACGAGCUCCUUAAACACUGAUCUGGAAACUGCAUGGGUGGUCUUUCAAUACUUGCAGAAUAACUGGGGGAAAUAAAGUUAUUGUAACACAAUGUAACAACUUAACCACAUUUUGUUAUACGGAAAUCCACUGUUGGUAUUGAUAUCUGGCUUAAAGUGUGUAAUUGAUAAGGGCAUCCCGUUUCCAAAGUUUCCAAGUUUCCAAAAAUGUAAUGAAAUUUGCUCAUUGGUGAUGCCAUGACAUUUAUUCAAAACAAAAAUGCUAAAGCUAAUCAAUCUAUAAGUAUGUAAUAAUAUGGUUGUGUAUCAUUUGUGCUUUUCUAAUAAAGACAAUGCAAGACUG